GGCGAGGUUAGCGCGGCUUGGGCUUCCGAGGGCGGCGAGGCGGCCACUCAGCUGGGUUUGAUCGGAGCGAUGAGCUCCUUCGAGGGGCAGAUGGCCGAGUAUCCAACCAUCUCCAUAGACCGCUUCGACAGGGAGAACCUGAGGGCCCGCGCCUACUUCCUGUCCCACUGCCACAAGGAUCACAUGAAAGGAUUACGAGCCCCUACCUUGAAAAGAAGAUUGGAGUGCAGUUUGAAGGUUUACUUAUACUGCUCACCCGUGACUAAAGAGCUGUUGUUAACUAACCCGAAGUACAGAUUUUGGGAGAAACGAAUCAUAUCGAUUGAAAUUGAAACUCCUACCCAGAUAUCUUUAGUCGAUGAAGCAUCAGGCGAGAAGGAAGAGAUUGUCGUGACUCUCUUACCAGCUGGUCAUUGCCCAGGAUCAGUCAUGUUUUUAUUUCAGGGCAACAAUGGAACUGUCUUGUACACGGGAGACUUCAGGCUGGCAAAGGGAGAGGCUGCCAGGUUGGAGCUUCUGCACUCUGGGGGCAGAGUGAAAGACAUCCAGAGUGUGUACUUAGACACCACGUUCUGCGACCCAAAAUAUUAUCAAAUUCCUAGUCGGGAGGAGUGUCUGAGUGGAAUCUUGGAGCUGGUCCGUGGCUGGAUCACCCGGAGCCCGUACCAUGUGGUGUGGCUGAACUGCAAAGCCGCCUACGGCUACGAGUACCUGUUCACCAACCUCAGUGAGGAGUUUGGGGCCCAGGUUCACGUGGAUAAACUGGACAUGUUUAGAAACAUGCCCGACAUCCUUCAUCAUCUCACCACAGACCGUGACACUCAGAUCCACGCGUGUCGGCAUCCCAAGGCAGAGGAAUAUUUUCAGUGGAAUAAGUUACCCUGUGGAAUUACUUCCAAAAAUAGAAUUCCACUCCACACAAUCAGCAUUAAGCCAUCCACUAUGUGGUUUGGAGAAAGAACCAGAAAAACUAGUGUCAUUGUGAGAACUGGAGAGAGUUCGUACAGAGCCUGCUUUUCUUUUCAUUCCUCCUACAGUGAGAUCAAAGAUUUCUUGAGCUACAUCUGUCCUGUCAAUGUGUAUCCAAAUGUCAUUCCAUUAGGCACAACUAUGGAUAAAGUUAAAGAAAUCUUGAAGCCUUUAUGCCGAUCCUCCCAAAAUAUCGAGCCGAAGUAUAAACCCCUUGGAAAACUGAAGAGAGCGAGAACGAUCCACCGAGAUGCAGUGUAAUAUAGCCUGAAUCUGAUUAUGAAAAUCCCAGUGUUCCACGGGAGCGCAGUUUGAGAACUUCUAUGGUCAAUGGAGUCAGUGGAUUUUUCAUACCAGUAAUGACAGAGAGAAGGAAUCGUGAGGCCUGAGUUUGAGAGAAUUUGAGGCCCAACACCAACACAAAAGAAGAACAAGACCCUGGAAAAGUCCUUCUUGGAUCUCUGCAUUCCUGAUCUCUAAAAUUUGGGUUUUACUCUAAUGAUUUCUGUUAUCCCAGUUCUUAACAAACCACUGUAAGUGCAGCCCGCCCUUUAGGAAUGUCCCUCUGCUGUUAGGUGUGGCUAUUUUGUUCGUAUGUGCCAUGCAGUACACUGGUAGUUCUGGAGACACAGAAUUACCCGGAUACAUCAAGAAGUCAAAGCUUUGGGUAAUAUUUCUUUAAUAUCUGCUUCCUAAGGGAGAAGCCAAUGUGCAUGGGGGGGGGGUUCUUCACUGAUGAGCUGAGCAUGUAAUAAAGAACAGUCACAGUUUUGUCAGAAAGUUUUCUGUGUGAAGGGGUGACAUGGCAAGAACAUGGCACAGAAAAGUCACACAGCACCGAGACUACUAAGUUCCACUGGACCCCGGCAUGUGCUCACAGCUCAUAAUGGUAACAGCCCUGCUGUCCCCCAGCUAGCAUUCUUUCCAAUUCCCAGGUUGGCUACUUCAGACCUCCUCCACUUUCCUCAGCGUCCCUACCCCAUCACCUCCCCCAUUAUUUUCAGUAGCACACAACCUUUGUUCCUAAUGCAGAACAACAAAAAGCACCAGACAUACAUUCCCUGAAUUUCCACCCUCCACAGACAUGGAGCUAGAGAAGAAGGUAACUGCAGACACAACAGAAGACGUGCACUUUCUCCAUCAAUUACCCCCAUCCUGUCUCUUCAGUUUCUCACUCUCUACAGAUUCUCGCUAGCAUUUGAAUCUCCCUGAUUUUUUAAAAUUAAUAAUUUUUAAAUUAAUAAACAAAAUUAAACUAAGCCUCCUUUGAGAUAUAAAUGCCUGAAUAAGUAAGGAAUCUCUAAAAGAUGUGAUAAAUUACUAAAAGUUGAGAGACUGGAGAGUAGGGUUACAGGGUGGGAGAUUUCAGCUUAAGACCCUUUAUAACAUUCACUUUUUAAAAUCAUGUGCAUAUGUUAUCUACUUGGGGUUUUUUAAAUAAAAAAAUUUAAAAUUACAAACACCCUUACACUCUACAUAGCCCUUUCUUCAAAGCUAAGAUUCUUGAAAGAGUUGUCUAUACGACUUGACUCUACUUUCUCACCUCUGACUUGUUCUUUAAUUCAUCCUAUUUUGGUUUCUUCUGUCCACAACACAGAAGCACUCUAAGGGCAUCAACAGCCCAUUCACUGCUCAAUCCAGAGCAUGCUUUCCACAUCUUCUUUGACCCACUGGUCACGUGGACAUGUUACAAGAGAUGAAGCUGGAAAGGGGGCUGGUGGCCAGAUGAUUAAGAACCUCAGUCCAAAGGGUCUCAGCUUAGACUGGUAAACACCAGGGAGCCACUGAAAGGUCUAAAGCAAGGCUCUAAUGCAAUCCAAGCUAUGUCUUAGGAAUGUAAUAGCUUUGAAGACUAUGGUAAUGAGACAGUGUCUUACAAGCUGAAUGGAGGAAAACACAUAAGAAAAGGGUAGGGUCAUAAGAUCGUCAACCUGCCCUGACUAUGAGAGACAGUGAGAGGAGGGGGAGGUAUGCUGAAGUAAUACUGGCUUACAGAUUCAAUCAUCUGUGUUAGGCAGGAGAAGUGGGGAAGCUAAGUGGGGGUGGAGGACAUACGUGUUCAAAGUAAGGCUGCUUAUUCCAAAGCAAGAAACCAAAAACAGAAGGAUGAAGGAGAAACUUAAGAGCAAAAGCUAUCCAAAACUGAUCUGAAACACUCAGAAUUCUGUGCAAGAAAGGAAACUGGCAGUUCCUUCAAUGUAAUCACUCCUUAGUAACUAACUCUGUGAAAGUGUAACAGCAAUAAACAGGAGAAGACAAAUACAGAGACCAUAUAAUCGGAUGACCUAUUAGAUUUAGAGGGCAGGAAGGAUUAAACCUGUAUGAAAUUGUGAGAUUAAGUAACUGGGAGUAUUACGAUUCUGUCCACCUACAUAGAGAACACUAGAUCAGGAUGCAGAUUUGAGGGAGGAAAAUGGGUCCAGUUGUGAACAUGGUGAAUUUGGGUACCUGUAGGGUAUCCAGGAUGAAAUAAAGCUCAGAAAGAAGUCAAUGCCUCACAAAUAUUUGAGGGUCAAAAGCCAAACAGAUUCAAGUAGAAAGUAUUGGGAAAGAGGUUAUCUACAGAGCAGCUCCAAGGUGAGAAGGGGGUCAAGGACAGAGCCUUGGUCAUUAUGUAUCAACAUUUCAGAGGAAGGACAGGUAAAAGCCAGCCAGUAAAGGAGACUGGGAACGAACAGUAAGAAAAGUUGAUGGCAAAAAGGAGUGGAGACACAGGUGAGCAACAGCGAUGACAGUAAGCACUUCCAUGGUGUGACCACCACCAGUCCGGCUCUGCUGAGUAACCCUCCUCAUCUCACAGGUGGAGAAACCGAAGGAAAGGGAACCUACGUAAUGUUCUGAAGGUCGCACAACUAGUAAACGGCGGAGCCAGAAUCUGAACCUAGGACAAGAGUUUCAAAGGAGAAGGGCAGCCAACAGGGCUAGCUAUCACAAAGAAGUAGAAUGAGAUUUUGAGGUCCUCAAAUUUGGCAAUUAGAGGAUCACUGAUAGAGGCAUAAAUCAGAAGAGAGUGGGUGAAAAGCUUAGUAAGUGAAAAGGCAACCCACAGGGGAAGUUUUUUUUUUCAAAUUGUGUAUCUGAGAAGGGACUAUCUAGAAUAUAUAAAGAACUAAUACAACUCAAUAAUAAAAAGACAACCCAAUUUAAAAAAAAAAAAAAUAGGCAAAGGAUCUGAACGGACAGUUCUCCAAAGAAGAUACACCUAUGGCUAAUGAGCACUUGAGAAGAUGCAGUUUUUAAAAAGUUAAUGGGAAAUGAAGUAGAAGGAAAAGACAGGAAAUACUUGAGUGGGGAGGCAAGAUCAAAGAAAGACGUCUCAAGGUUAGGGAAGGUCUGUACAGGUUUAUCAACUGAGAUAAAUCAGUGAAAAAAAGAGUGCUUGACACAAAAAAAAAGACAUCCCAGAUUAAGCAACAUGCUAAAGGGGAUUAGUAGGAAGAAAAAAGGAAGCUGGUGACACCUCUGAAAGUAAGAAUGAACGAAGACACAGAUAACUGGUGUGGAGGUAAGCUGAGCGUUCACACUUGAAGGAUCCUAUCGUUCACCGAGGUAGAGGCCUGCAGCUGAACACGAGAGGGUGGUGGACAGGGUAAGAAGUCCAGAAAAGUAAUAAAAGUUGAGAAAACUGUUGGCAAGAAUGGAAAGGAAAACGCAAAAGAUAAAAAGCUGGUCAAGGAGAACUGAGCAGUGUGAGAACAGAAGUAAUAUGGAAUGGAGCCAAUAAGCAUGAUUCUAUGAUACCUGCAGCUGGAUUGGUUAGGCCAGAGUUUAUAACCUGAAAUGGCAGGUGACUGGGCUGUUUGGGGCUUGAAAGUUGCUGAGAGUGUAGUCAAAUGCUUCACUGUAAAAUCCCACCGAGUGUGGAAGGCAAUGAUACCAAAAGUAGACGGAUAUUUCAUAGGAAAAACUGGAUUUAAUGACUGAAUCAACAUGGAAGAUGAAGGAGAAAGGAAACAAAGAAUUACACAGGAUUCCUGAUGCAUUUAUCUGGAAGAACUGACAGGUUAAUGACCAGAACAGAGUUCUUGUAGAAGCAGCAGGCUACAGGGAGAUGAAUUACUCAAAAAUAUAGUUCAAGGUUUAGAUUGAAAAAAGCUUCUUAGAAGAACAACCCUGUCAUUUGGAAGAGGAACAGAUAUAAACUGAAGCCCAGGGAAGUUAAAUGACUUUGCUGAAGUCACAAGGUACUAAACAAAGGCUAGAAAUGACCAACCCCAGGCCUUCCUAUCAUACAAUGGAACCUCACUUCUGCCUGGAGCUUGACAGGAUGGCAGAAAAUACAAACGGUGAUGCUUCUUGAGAUUCAGUAACAUUAAAGUUGGCUUGAAUUUCUAGGUUCACUUCAGGUGAUAGUGGGGAAAUAUGAUUCAGGAACAAAAUAAAUGACAGGAGAAGCCAAUCUGAUUUAAAACAUUUGCUCUGGUAAUCCACAUGGAGAUAAUCAAGAGUUGGAUGUAGAAUGAUAUGAGCACCUUGAAAUUUUUUAAUGCAAGAAUAUUUUAUGCUUUGAACUCCUCUCAAUGUUAUUUGGCAAAACAGAUGAUAGGACAUGUAAGUUUAUCAUGGCUAAGAAUUUUAACCAUUAAGAAGAGCUUUGCUUACUUUUAAGGUGCUUUUUAUGUUACCAAAAUAUGAAAUUCUGAACUGAAGUCUGAUUAGGUCUCUUUUAAGGGUCUAGGUAUUUGCCUUACCU